AUGUAAAAUUACCUCCUUGAUUAACUCUGUAAGGAACAUUAGGACCGAAUAGUGGCUGUGGCCUUAAACGAUCAAAGUGGUAUCAGCUAAGGAUUGUGUCUUAAGUGUUGGCCCCAAAACUGCAAUAAGAAGGUGGUUCUAAUUGAAGACUUGUUAGAUAUGACAAAGAACAUUAAAGAAGAAUACUAACAACUGGAUGCUGACACAAGAAAGAAUAUAAGGACUCUCUAUUAAUUGAUUUAAGAACUGGAAAAACUUAAGGCCUUUAUGAAAUAAUAAAUAAAUGAAUCUAUCAAAAAUGUCAAUGACUGGAUAAGGUACAUUUCUGAUCAAGAUCAAUGUACAAGAACUUCUCUUUCAGUUCUUAACAUCGAUCUCAACACAUCAUUAUAGAAUGCCUAAUUGUAAGUCUAAGAAUUGUAAAAAGAAAAAGAAAAAUUUCUUUAAUUUAUUUCGUAAAAAAUAUAAGAACUUAAAGAUAAUGAUCAUUUUAAUUCUUGUAGUUAAUUACUGACAGUAAUCGAUGAAGAAAAGUUAGAUCUCCCGUAAAUCUAAAACCUUCAACCUUUGAUUGAUAAAUCAAUGACAAUAUAAAAAAAUUUGUUUUGUUAAUAACAUAAUAAUCAAGAUAUUGUCAUGGUAGACUUAAACAAAAAACCUAAGAUACCUAAACGAUUGGCAUGUGUCUAUUGUAUUCAAUAUAAUCCCACAUAAUACACGGCUAUUAGGGUUGCUGAAAAGUAAUAUAGGAAAUUAGAAGCCUAAAAAAUCGAAAAUCUAAAUAAGUACUCUAAAUCGAUCGAUCAAAUGAACCAAACAUUCAAGUAUAAUAAAAUUAUUUAUAUAGAAAUGUAAUCGAGGAUGUUACUAGUUCUUUAUCUAAAAAAAAGGAGAAAAUUAAAUUAAAAGCUGAAAUCUAUCUAAAUAAUCUUAAUGUCGAUUGGGAUACUUUGAAGUAUGAUGAAGUCUCAGAUUUUGCAGAAAAAUUAAGUUAGAAUGGACACCAAGAUUUUGCAAAGUCAUAAAUUUAUUUGGAUUUUCUAAAAGUCAAUUAGGAAGUUAAUAAAAAGAUUAAUGAUGCAUUUGCUGAAAUACAAAGCAUCUAAAAUUAAGGAGAAAUUCAAUUUAAAUAAUUGAUGAACAAGGAUUCUUUCAAUUCAAAUGAAGUUUAAACUGAUUUAAAUAGCAAACAUAAUUAAAAAUAAGAAAAUAUUCAGAUAAACAAAACUCCAAAGAUUUAAUAAAUCAAAGAUGUCAAUUCUAUUAAACAGAAAAAUCAAUCUGAAAAUAAUCCUUCAAAUAAUGAUUAAAAAAAAGAAGGAAAAAGUAAAAAGAACAGAAAUAAAGAAUAAACUUCAAAUUAGAAUACUUCGAAGGUUAAAUUAAGCAUUUCCAAUUUAAAAUAAUCUGACAUUGAUAAUCCAAUUGGUGAAGUCAAAAAAAAUUAGAAGAAAACUGAUGCAGAAAAAAAGUUUUCAUUUGUGUUAAAUUAAUACUCAAUAAAGCAGGAAGAUCCCUGUAGAUCAUUUGCUUUUAAUUAUAAUUCUUAAUAUCUAAUUGCAGCUUGUGACAAAACUAUUAAACUUUUUUCAUUCAACAAAGAAAGCCUGACAUUUCUAUAGAAUUUGAAUAAUCAUCCAAGUAUGAUUGUAUGUUGUACAUUCCUCAAAUGUUAGGAUAGAUUUAUAGCUGGAUGCUUAGAUGGAUCCAUGCUAAUUUGGUCAAAUUGGAAAGGAAAGGGAUAAGUAUGGGAAUGCGAUUAAACUUUGAACGGCCAUACUGAUUACCUUGGACAAAUUAUACAUGGUAAAGUUGAGAAUAUGAUCAUAUCAUGCAGCAAUGAUAAAACUAUAAGGUUUUGGAAGAAAUCUUAGAAUUGGGAAUUGCAUUAAAUCUUAGAAGGUCACAAUGAAUAUAUAUGUAGUAUAAGUCUAAAUGAAUCCGAAAACAAGUUGAUAUCCGGAGCUUAUGAUGAUUAAAUAUUAAUAAGCGAACCUUAAGGGUAAGAUAAAAAAUGGACUAUAAUACAAUUAAUAAAAGUAGAAUGGGGAAGAAGAUUAUGCUUUAUAACUGAUAAUUUAUUUACAUUUUAACCUUGUAAAAAAAAAUUCAUGCAUGUUUAUGAGUAAAAGGAUACAAAAAUAGGCUUUUUAAAAACAAAGGAAAUCGAAGUUCAAUCAUUAGGAGACGAAUGUUUUUGGCUAUUCCCCCAACAAUUUAGUAAAAAAUAGGGAUUAUUAGUAAACAAGAAUUGUCAUUUAGUAAACAUUAUUAGAUGGAGGAGGAAAACGAAGUUUUUUACUGAUUAGGUGAUAUUUUUCGGUACAAAGGAAAUUUAUGGAUCAAUAACAGAUGAUGGCUAAUGGCUAGUUACAUGGGAUGACAAAUCCAAGGAAAUCCAAUUAAGACAUUUAUAAUGA